GUUCCCGCGGUCGACGUGCUCCCACGAGGGAGCGGCGGCGCAACUCAGACCGGCUGGACCUAGAUGAGGGACGUUCUAGCCGACCCCCUACUCGAUGGUAGGGCCCUCCUCACUCCGGCCUCCGGGCGCCGCCAUGUUGGAGCCUCAGUACGGGAGCCAUGGAUGCGAGCGCACGGCCGGCAGCCAGACCCGGGCCAGCUCCGCUGAGCACAUGCUGGAGGUGCGGCCGGGGCUGUUCCUGGGUGGAGCUGCGGCAGUCGCGGAGCCGGACCACCUGAGGGAGGCGGGCAUCACGGCCGUGCUGACGGUCGACUCGGAGGAGACCGACUUCAACACGGGGGCUGGGGUCGAGGGUCUACGGAGUCUCUUCGUGCCAGCGCUGGACAAACCCGAGACCGACCUGCUUAGCCAUCUGGACCGGUGCGUGGCCUUCAUCGGCCAGGCCCGCGCCGAGGGCCGCGCGGUGCUGGUGCAUUGUCACGCAGGGGUCAGUCGAAGUGUGGCUGUAAUGGCUGCUUUUAUGAUGAAGACUGACCAACUUACCUUUGAAAAAGCCUAUGAAAACCUUAAGACUAUCAAACCAGAGGCUAAGAUGAAUGAGGGGUUUGAGUGGCAACUGAAAUUAUACCAGGCAAUGGGAUGUGAAGUAGAUACCUCUAGUGCAAUUUAUAAACAGUAUCGUUUACAAAAGGUUACCGAGAAGUAUCCAGAAUUGCAGAACUUACCUCAAGAACUCUUUGCUGUUGACCCAUCCGCCAUUACACAAGGAUUGAAAGAUGGGGUUCUCUACAAAUGUAGAAAGUGCAGGCGAUCUUUAUUUCGAAGUUCUAGCAUUUUGGAUCAUAAUGAAGGAAGUGGUCCUAUAGCCUUUGCCCACAAGAGAAUGACACCAUCCUUCAUGCUUACUACAGGGAGUCAGGCUCAAUGUACAUCUUAUUUCAUUGAACCUGUGCAGUGGAUGGAAUCCACUUUGUUGGGAGUGAUGGAUGGACAGCUUCUUUGCCCCAAAUGCAAUGCCAAGUUGGGUUCUUUCAACUGGUAUGGUGAACAGUGCUCAUGUGGUAGAUGGAUAACACCUGCUUUUCAAAUACAUAAGAACAGAGUGGAUGAAAUGAAAAUGCUGCCAGUUUGGGGAUCACAAACAAGAAAAAUAUGAACUUGUGACAUUUGAUAACUUGCUGAUGAUAUGUGCUACCCUUGCUUAUUGUCAUUCAUGGCAGAUUGUUUAGUUUUAGGCCAUUAACAUUUCAUUUGAAAUAUGAGAAGAUAAAAAUCAUUUGACUUAGAAACUAUACUUUGUCAGCUUCUUACACUAAGUAGAAUGGAAAUCAAAACCUUUUAAUCAUGUAAAUUAUACUUUAUUUGAUAUUAAAAUCUUUUAUAACCCAGAUACUUUCUUUAUUUCAUAUAUAUUUAAAAGUUGUGAUUUUUGGAAUGUUAGUUAUGUAAUCUUAAGGUCUAGAUGGACAAAAUUAUCUAUAAAAAUUAGAAACUGUCAUGUUUAAGUGACAUUCUUUUAUUUCUAGAAAUGUAAAGCAGAUUUGUUUGGACAUAUUUUGACAUUUCUCUUUCUCUCUUUUAAGGGACAUUAGUAAAGCUACAUUAGUCCGGGUUUUUCUUGGAAAUGUAGAAGAAAAGGACAUCAGUAAAACACUGACUAAAGUGUGGUUUUCCUAUGAUACUUUUUGAAGUAAUCUACUUAAAGAAAUGUAUUAAUGUUAGGUAUAUUUCUGAUGACGAAGAAAAUUAAAUGUGGAGUAACUACAUAUCAAUCACCUUUUUUAGCCUGAUGUGUUAGUGUAUUGGAAAAGGUAAUAUGUCCAGAUUAGUUUUUUUUUUUUUUUUUUUGCGGUAUGCAGGCCUCUCGGGGCAUGAACCCGUGUCCCCUGCAUCGGCAGGCAGACUCUCAACCACUGCGCCACCAGGGAAGCCCCCAGAUUAGCUUUUUAAUGUGAUCUCUGGAGACUGGAAUUUAUUUUACUCAUUGAUAAUAGUUAGAAUUAUACCUAAUUAGAUACUUGAACAUUUACAUUAAAUCAGAAUUAGCUAAUAAAGAGAAAUAUAGUCCAUGUUCUUAAUAUGUUUUUCAUAUUUACACAUGUGAGUGUAUAUGUACAUAAACCAAAACGGGAGUUAUUUUAAAUGCAAAAAAAUGUGAAUCAUGAUCCUAUUUAAAAGCGUGGGAGUGUUAUAGAUGAUUCUUGAGAAUAUCUCAGCAUAGGACCUGAAGCCUUUGGCAGCUUUCGUAUAAUAAAUUUUUCUUAGGAGAAAAAAUUUUUCCACUUCUGUCUUAGCUUUCACAAUAUCUGUUUACUUCUUUACUUUGUAAUGUUAUACUCCAGAAAGCUUUUUAAAAACAAUUAGGUUGAACCAUAUGAAAUUGCCUCUUUGUAGGUGAAAAGUAAUUGAGUAGCAGCAGUUUUGUAUAUGGUUCAAGCUAAUACCUAUGUAUAACACUGUGGCAUCUAUCACAGAGAAAAUGACAUAGAUUUUAUUUGAAUUUAUAAUUGUUAAUUCAGUAAAUAUUUACUAAGCACCUUUUAUGUACACGACUCUAGGUGAUACAUUGAACAAACGAGAUAAAAUCUCUGCCUUGUAAUUUAUAUGCUAGCCAGGAGACAUUGACAAAAUAGUAUCUUUUUUUGAAAGAUAAUUGGUAUUUGCCAAUGAGGAAUGAUUUUGGGAUACCUGACUUUUCUUUAUGUAAAUUUUGAACUUUUGUGAAACAUCCACUAAGCAAGAUUUUCAGAUUUAAAGUCUUUUAAUGUUUUAUUUUGGGGGUGGGGUAAAUCCGUUAUGCCUUUGUUCUCAAAAUAAAAAAAGAAUCCUUUCUUUUUAAUAUUUAGGAAUAUCAAUGUAGAACAUUUGAAUUUACACAUUUGUUGAAAAUAGCAAUAUUAACCUUACUUCAGAGGCAGUGUGGUAUAGUGAAAACAGUACUGAAGUAGAGGUCAGAGAGUGGCUCUAAUAAUUCUGGCUCUACUGAUCACCAUCUUCCUGGAAGUGAGCAGGUCUUUUGAACAUUGGGAGUCAUUUCUCAUCUUCACAAAAUGGGAUUAAUAUAUGUUCUGCUGUCCUGACAGGGUUGUUUGAAAGAUCAUUUGCAUUAGCUUUAAUUUCUUUUUACAUAUAAUGGAGAUAACAGUAGUAUCUGGGUUAUUACAAGGAUUUUUGUGAUACAUUGCAGUUAAAGAACUUAGUAUAGUGCCUAGCUAGUAGCAGUCAACAUUUUCCCUUAAAGGGACUUCCCUGGUGGUCCAGUGGUUAAGAAUCCACCUUCCAAUGCAAGGGAUGUGGGUUCAAUCUCUGAUUGGGGAACUAAGAUCCCACGUGCUGUGGAGCAACAAAGCCCGCAGGCCCUGGAGCCCACAUGCCACAACUACUGAGCUCAUGCACUCUAGAGCCUGUGCGCCACAACUAGAGAGGAUCCUGCGUGCUGCACCUAAGACCCGACGCAGCCAAAUAAAUAUUUUUUAAAAAUUAGCAUUCUUAAAAAAAACCCUUUCCCUUAAAAUAGCUGCAGUUUAUUGAGCACUUACCUGCCAGUCACUAUCCUAAACACUUAAUGUGUAUUUGAUUUCAUCCUCAAAACAGCCAUGAGAUAGAUCCUAUUAUUCCCAUUUUACAGGUGAAAUUGAGGCUCAGAAAGAUUAAGUCACUUCCUCAAAGUUACAUAGCAAAUGAACCUAGAUUAGAAGCAAGAUUUGGCUUACUCCAAAAUUUGAGCUUUUAACCUCUAUAUUCUAAUAUUUGGGCUCACUGUUCAGGGUGGUAUUUGUCUUAAAGAUGUCAUACUAAAAAUGUCAAUCAGAUUGUAAAAUCUAAUAGUACUGAUGAAAUGCAGUUUUUAACUAAGCUAUAAAUUCAUUAGUCAGGCAUGCCACCAACAUUUGCAGGGUACAAAUUGAGGCCUACAUUCUAUUUCUCUUAAAAGUUAUAAAUAAAGCUACCAAACUAUUAAAAUGUUUUGUUCUCUUGACAAAUAUAUCUUCAUAAUGACCUGGAAGACAAGGUUUGAAUUUAGAAUUCUCUGACUUCAUGGAGUUUCAUGACAAAAUAUGGCAAUGCACUGAGAGUUGGCCCCUGACCUACAGACUGCCCCCCCCUUUUCCCACCCCUGGAUUUGUUCAUGCGGACCCUGGUGUAUAUGUAUAUGUGGACUCCCCACCUCACAUUUCUAAGCUCUGUCUACACUCCUGGCAUACAGUGUUGGCAC